AAAACAUAACAAAAUAGAAAACAAACAAAGAAGGCCACUAGUUUACAAUCUUUGAGGCUUAAAAAACGAAACUAUAAGACGAGUGGCAGGAAAAAUCAUCAAUAUAUCAUGCAAAAAAGCAGUGACAUAAAGCGCACUGGCGUUUAUCGCGUGAGCGGAAACAUUGGCGAUCUCCAAUUGGAACUGAAGCUGCGUCACAUCAGUGAAUGGCUUCCGGUGCCCAAGUUUGAGUACGUGGGUGCGCAGUCGACGAACGCACAUGGUGACCACUAUCCCGCAUCGGAGGAAGACAUCUGGCAUGAUUGCUAUAUCCAUGUUCCCCACGGCGAUGACUCCUAUGGUGGCAGGAAUCGCUUGGGCUACUACUGCAGCUAUUAUAAUGUGGGAACUGGUUACACCGGCAAUGCAGUCAGGAGACGAAGGAGUCCCAUGGCCCAGCACGAGGAGGAGGAGGAGGACAAGGAGAAGAAGGAGGAGGAAAUAACGGAUGUGGAGUCCCAGAGUAAUCCCUCGUGGAGCAUCCUAAGUGAUAAUAGUCGUCCUCCCGCUGGUGAUCUGUUCUAUGAACGGAAUAAGGAACUCUGCAAUGGUGCCAUAGCCACGAUACGCAUAUCCUGGCAGCAAAAGCACUUCAGUCAAGCGGAACUGGAACGAUAUGUAAACGAUCCCGGAAGUUGUGCCUCGAAACUCCAGCGACGCUAUCACAAUUGGGCCUUGGAAAGCCUGGAGCUGCAACAGCGAUAUCUAAGGAAACUGGAGAAUCGGGAAGAUGGGGAAAAGGAGCCGGAUCCUGAACCAAUUACAGUUCGUCGCCGGAUGCGUAAGACCAAGACGAAACAGAGAAGUUGCUCCACCCUAGUGCACCUGGGAGGUAAUAGUCUGUCCUCGGCGAAUAUGUCGGAUGUUUCGGUACUGGAUGAUCCCAACUUUGCUGCCAGAACUUGCCUCAUACACACCUUAUUGGAUACUGAUCCCGAGAAUCUUAUGCCCGCCGAAGCGACUGAGUUCCACAAGAAGGGCUAUCAGCUAAUGUACAUCUAUGCCGAUCUGCAGCAGGACACUCUGUUGAUCAGUAUACGCUAUGAUCCCGAACAGGGUCUGCUCUAUGUCUAUCCGGAUUUCAGCAGCAGUGCCCAAGAUCUGGAUUAUGUGGUGCAGAUCGAGCGGAAUAACGAUUGCCGACAGUUGUAUGCCUUUGGCUUUGAGAAUGUCACACCGCUGGAGGCCUACGACGAUGCCAGUUUCCCGGAGGAGGCGAAUGGGGAGGAGGAGCAGGAGCUGGGGGAUGGCUUCACCCACGAAGAAGAUCUGCCCGAUGAAGCCUCCGCCGAAGACAUUCUGGAGUUUUACCACAGACGCCGAGCGGCAGCCAGCGAGCGGAGAAGUCUCCUCCAGUUCGAAAUGCCGCCCAAGAGAAUGAGGCGGGUCAGCCUGCUGCUGGAACUACAGGAAGGCCAGAACUUUGAGAACCCCAACAUACACGUCAGAUACUAUCUGAAAGCUCCAGCAAAUACCCUUUACGAGGGCACACCUGGUGUGGAUCCCAUGCAGGGAGCCACGGCAACGUGCAGGAAUGCCGGCGACUGGAGGACUGCCCAUUUGGGUCACUGCUGGCAGGUGACCCUACUGCUGGAGGAACAACACCAUCCCGCUGACCUACUGCAUCUAUAUUGCGAAGUGAUCAGCAUAGACAGCUGGCAGCGGGAGCGAUGUGAGGGAUAUGCCCACCAUGCCAUAUCACUGACAUCCGCCCUGCCAACGGACUCCAUACGGUUGCAGUGCAUCCGACCUCUGGGCAACUGGCUGGAUGCCCUCAAUCGGUAUUUCAUAGGCGGUCGGCAGCUGUUCGACUUUGAGUCCUUCUUCGAUGUCCACCGGCAAUCGGAAGUGCACACCCGUUUGCAUUUCAACUCGGACAGCGCAAUGACCACCACGGGAACACUUUCGCUCCGGCUCCAAAAGCUUCAGCAGCGCCAAGUGGACACAUCUAGCCAGUUCCACCACCAUUUCCAUCUGGAUCUCGGCAACGAUAGCAGCGACGAUGGCGUCAGCGAGGAUGAGGAUGUCAAAUCCAGUUCGAAUGCUGAUACUUCGAGGGCCACCACUUUGGACGAGGUGAUGGCCGCCUUUGUGGAGGCCAGGGAACGGAUCGAGUUGCUGCUGGGAACCAGCUGAGAAACACCCUCACCAUCAUCGGCAUACUUCCAGGCUGGGA